ACGCCCACCCACCUGGGUCCUGAUUUCAAAGUUUUCCGCCGGUGCAGUCCUUUCUGCCACCGAGUUGAUUCCGCGCGUCUGUGCAUAGUCCUUGGAGCAUGGGUUAAGCAGUGUACCAAUGAGAGAACGGCAUAGAAGACGAAACACAUUCUGCCCUCUUCCCCUUAGAAUUCCAAGUCAGGAAGGUCAGAGGAUAGACAAGGCCGCUGCUGUUCUCACAAGACUAUGGAGACACUGACCAGGAGACACGAGGAGAGGGCCAUUCGUUCUCCAGCCGCAGCCCCUUCCCCGGAAGCAGCGGAGCCGACCAGCUGUCAGGAGUCGUUGACAUUCAAGGACGUGGCUGUGGUCUUCACUGAGGAUGAGCUAGAACUGUUGAACUCCGCCCAGAGGAAGCUGUACAGAGACGUGAUGCUGGAGAACUUCAGGAACCUGGUCUCCACGGGGCAACAGCCUUUCAAAUCUGACCAGGUAUCCCAUUUGGAACAAGAUGAAGAAACCUGGGUGGUGGAGAGAGAAAUUCCACCAGAUCCGGAUCCAGGAGACAAGCAUGAAGAAGAUGUGGAGUGUCUUCAAGAAAAAGAAUUAAAAGUUCUUUUGCGCAAAGAGCUGUCCUACUGGAAAAUCUGGGAACAGGUGACUGGUCAAUUAACCGGGAGUCUGGACCAUGGAGGAAGCCUUCAAGGGAAAGAUUUCCAGUUUUGCGAAGGGGCUUCACACUCUCAAGAGUGGGAAGGCCAAUCUACUCAGGGUUUUAAGAUUGAGAAUUUGGUGGACGAUCUUCAAGGCACUGGCCCCAUUGAUGCAAACCAUCAAGAGUUUCCAUCCUGGAAAGGCGUGAGCCCGCCCGCCACUCAGGAAUCUUGGACUUCUGUGAAUGAACCUUGGAACUAUCAAAAAGUCACCAUGGAAGAUACACUAUCUAAGUGCGAUAAGGAUGAGUACAGCUUCAGCUGGGUAUUGCAUCACGAUGAUCACAGACGACCUGAAGGCCAGAGACCUUGUCGAAGUGAUGAGGAUAGACAUCACAGUGUCAAUGAGGCAGUCCUUUAUCACCCCAACUCCAAUGGCUUCAAAAGGGAGGAAGGUGGAAGUGGCAUCUUGGAUGAUUCAAACCUUCCCACUCACCCACAAGUGCACUUGGAAGAGAACUCCUACAAGUCUCAGCGGGACGCGCUACCACAGAGUGCCUAUCUGGGCAGACAUCAAAGCAUCCCCAUCGGAGGGGCCUCAUCUACAAGUGGGGAGGGUCGGCAGGGCUCCAGGAAAACUGUUGACCCUCUCAAGGCCCAACCAGGAGAGAAAUCCUAUACGUGCUUCGAGUGUGGAAAGGGCUUCUGGAGGAUUUCAGACCUUCAUAGUCACAAGAAAGUCCAUACCGGAGAGAGGCCCUACGUAUGUGAUGUGUGUGGGAAGGGCUUCAUCUUCAGCUCCGACCUCCUCAUUCACCAGAGAGUCCACACCGGAGAGAAACCGUAUAAAUGUGCCGAGUGCGGUAAAGGCUUCAGCUACAGUUCAGUACUCCUCAUCCACCAGAGAGUCCACACGGGGGAGAAACCUUAUAAAUGUGAAGAGUGUGGGAAGGGCUUCAGGUGCACCUCGAAUCUCUACAUCCAUCAGCGAGUCCACACGGGAAAGAAACCCUACACAUGCGAUGAGUGCGGCAAGGGUUUCAGUUAUAGCUCAAAUCUGCGCACCCACCAGCGACUGCACACGGGAGAGAAACCCUACACGUGUUUUGAGUGUGGAAAGACCUUCCGGUUCGGCUCGGGUCUCUUGAGCCAUAAGAGGGUGCACACCAAAGAGAAACCGUAUCGAUGCGACAUCUGUGGGAAGAGCUACAGCCAGAGCUCACAUCUUCAAGGCCACCAGAGGGUGCACACGGGGGAGAAACCCUACAGGUGUGAAGCGUGUGGGAAGUGCUUCAGUCAGAGCUCCUCCCUCCAGCUCCAUCUGAGAGUCCACACCCGAGAGAGGCCCUAUACGUGUGAGAAGUGUGGCAAGAGCUACAGUCGAAGCUCCUGUCUGCGAAUUCAUCAGCGAGUGCAUAGUAAGUGAAGGGACCUUUGAAGUUGAGGACUCUGGUUAGAACUCAGUACUUUAUGCUUCUCUGAGAGGCAGCCCAGAAGACGUGGAAGUCAUGUGUUGAAGGGCUGCCAUAGAGGCAGAAGUUUACAUAGUUCUCAGCUAGGCUGCACAGGAAGGGAAGAGCUGAAAGUUUGAUCAAUAAAGCACUUUGUUCCCAAA